UAGGUCUGAAUAGUAAAUCUCAGCAUGAAACAUACAAUACAAAACAACCAAAUGUUAUGUAUUCAGACGAUCUAAAUAAUGGAAAUAUACAAAAUAGUAUGGCUUCAGAUUAUCAAGACAUUYCAAAUUCAAACAAAAUGAAUCAAUUUGUUAGGCGUAUAGUACGACAAAACCCUUUGUCCCCAUCAUCUAAUGUUUAUGAUAGUCAACGRAUCUAUGUUGGUAAUAAACCAAAUAAUAUGAUGUUCACAACUUUCAGUAAUGGAGACAGUUAUUUGAAAGAUACAAUGAGAACAUUGAUAGAUAACUUCAAGUCAUUUGGUCAAAACCCACACAGUAGAUUGUGGGGUAAUUUUCAGGAAACAGGAAAACCAACAAAAAUGGGAUUAGGUUCAAUGAGAUACUCGACAAUCAUUCCUUCAACUGGUUCAAUUAAUAGUAUGGGUCCAUACGUUAUCACGCCACACAACAGAAAACCCGAAACAAUAAAUUACCCAUACUCCAAUCCGUCCGGUUUGAGUAAAGACGAAGCUAAUARAAUCCGAAAUCAAGUCCUCCAAAAAUCUAAUUUGUAUAGAGAAAAAUAUAAUCUCAAACCACUUAGUUUGGAUAAUCAGUUGAACAAUUGUGCUCAAAACUGGGCUAAUCAAAUGGUGAAAUUAAAUAUAUUUGACCAUAGACAAGAUAACGCAUAUGGAGAAAAUCUGUACUCAAGUUCAAAAUUAAAUAAUUUAGGUGAAAAAGCGGUCGAGGAUUGGUAUAAUGAAAUAAUUAUGUUCAAUAUCGCUGACGACGAAAAUGGAUUGUUUGCCAAUACUCCAACACAUCACAUGACACAAUUAUUAUGGAAAUCAUCAGAAAAAUUGGGUGUUGGUGUUUCRAAAAAUCCGAAUGGUAUGUAUAACGUUGUGGCCAACUAUGAUCCCAAGGGAAAUAUGUUGAAUUCUUUCAAAGAGAAUUUACCAGAUAUAAAACAAGAAGACAUUAAAGAGGCGAAACAAUCAAUUAAAUUACAAAAAGAAUCGGAACAAAAACAAAGAACAUGAUGGUUUUCGAGUUCAACAAUUCCAAUACAAUCAGAAUUAAAAUACGGGUCAUAUUAUAAUUAGAAUUAUUAGGUUUAUU